AUGGUCACCAUGCUGCGGCUCUUGCUCCCCUGCCUUGUCCUGGUCGGGGCCGGGGCCAUCUCUUUCUAUCUGCCCGCUGACAGCAUGAAGUGCCUGAAAGAGGAGAUCCACAAAGAUGUGCUGGUGACCGGGGAGUACGAGGUGUCCGAGCAACCGGGGAUCGUCACCCACCUGAAGGUUACAGAUUCCAUAGGUCAUAUUCUAUAUUCCAAAGAAGACUCAAAGAAGGGCAAGUUCGCCUUUACCACAGAUGAUUAUGAAGUAUAUGAAGUUUGCUUUGAGAGCGUUAGUUCUACUGGUUCUGCGGUAACUCCAGACCAGCUAGUCAUGCUCAAUAUCAAACAUGGCGUGGAAGCUAAGAACUAUGAGGCUCUGGCCAAGGCAGAGAAACUAAAGCCCCUGGAGGUUUCAUUAAGACGUCUAGAGGACCUGUCACAGUCUAUCAUUAAAGAUUUUUCAUAUAUGAAAAAGCGAGAAGAAGAAAUGAGUGACACAAAUGAAUCAACUAGCCAACGUGUCCUUUACUUCAGUACAUUUUCUAUGUUUUGCCUUGUUGCCCUAGCCACCUGGCAAGUGUUCUACCUCAGGAAAUUCUUCAAAUCCAAAAAGCUCAUAGAGUAA